CGCUCGCGCGUCCUCGCACUGCUCUUACUUACGCCUUUACUAUGCCUGUGCACGCGCAGAAAACAGCGACGCUGCGACAAACAUAGAGCGAAAACGCGCUAUAUGGAUUGUCCAAAGUAGCUACCUUUAGCUUUGAUGAGAGCUUGGCACACUUGGCACAGUGUUCUCUCAUCAUAUUCACGAGGUAUAAAGACAAGUAAGUCAUGUCAUAGACAGGCAAAGGCAGAAUAAUGGGGCUGCGGUUGGUGGACAAGGGGCACCACAGCAAGCGAAUGGUUGUAUUUGUGGCGAUCUUUCUCAUCACAACCCUCUUCAUUCUAUACAACUCCACCAGUGCAAACGAGUCAUAUGAGAUUUUUAAAGUGGCAGCAUAUAACAGUGCCACCAAAAGCACUAAUUUGAAGAAAUGGGCUGGAAAAGAUGGAUAUAUUCCAAUUUUUGGCAACAAGAGCCUGAACCUGCACUGUGGCCAGUGUGUCCUGGUGACAAGCUCAAGCCAUGUACUGGGCACCGGAGCUGGACCAGAGAUUGACCGUGCCGAGUGUGUGAUCCGCAUGAAUGAUGCACCCACAUCCGGGUUUGAGGCCGAUGUGGGUAAUAAAACCAGCCUCCGUGUUGUUGCUCACUCCAGCGUGAUCCGUGUCAUUCGAAAAUCCAAUGAGUUCUUCAACUGCACUGACUGCCCAUCUGUCAUCUUCUGGGGUCCACCCACGAAGAUAGGACGGGAUGCCAAGGGUGCUCUCUACAGGCUGAUCCAUCAUGUUGCUUCCACAAACACCAAGCUCACGACCUUCGCCGUCACGCCUAACAAAAUGCACAAGUUCGACACUCUUUUUUAUAAAGAAACUGGCCGAGACAGACAGAAGUCUCAGUCAUGGCUGAGCACUGGCUGGUUCACCAUGGUCAUCGCUAUAGAGAUCUGUGACAAGAUUAAGGUUUAUGGGAUGGUGCCUCCUAGCCACUGUGGGAGGCAUCCUCAGCCCAAAAGGAUACCAUAUCACUACUAUAAACCCCGAGGGCCAGAUGAAUGUUUAACAUACCUACAGAAUGAGAAGGGUCGGCGUGGAAAUCACCAUCGCUUCAUUACUGAAAAGCAAGUGUUUGCUCGCUGGGCCAAACUCUACAACAUCAGCUUUGUACACCCCACUUGGUGAGAAAUGGAUAGCAAAAGGCUGCCAAAGCUUAGUCCUGCAGAUCCAAUAUGGCCGCCAGCCCAAGUCUCAGCCCAAUGAGACGCUGAUCUAAAAUGGCAACCAGCCAAAAUAUCCUUCCAGUGGGAAACCGUCACUCAGCGCAACAAAGUAUGGUCCAACAUGGCCCAUAGCUUUAGUCUCCCUCUAAGGAAAGCAUUCAUACUCCCUCUCAGCCAAAUGACGAACUGAUACAAAAUGGUGUCCAGUUUCAGAGUGAGUAAUAAGAAGCUGCAGAAACAUGACCACCUGUCCAAGCUGUUGAAAUGAAGUCAAAUGGCUGCUUAUUUUGCCCAAAGCCUAAAGAGAGAUUAAACCAAAAUGGCUGCUGGUUUCAUAUUUAUAAUGUGCUGAAGCCCUGAUAUGAAUUGGCCACUGGAUUCACAUUGUCUGUGAGAUGAUAAAUCAUUCAGACCUUCUUACUGAACUGUCUGAGCUAAAUAUGGUGCAUGACUAUAAGGUGGUAGACUUCUGAGGUGUCAUCUUUUUAUUAUACACUUUGGUCGUUCCAAAACCUGGCAAUCAUUUUAUUUAAACAGAUUUUACACAUUUAAAAAAUUAUGAAAGUUAACAAUAUUGCAAUAAUCAGCAAAGCGAUGCUGAAAGAUUUCAUAUUUUUAAAAAUGUCAUUAAGAAGCCAACAACACAACUUCCCAUGACUGGUAUUUUUAGACUAUACAGAAUUCCAAUGUGGGCAGCGCCUUCAGAAAAUCAAAAAAGCACACAGUUUUAAGAUUCUACAUACAGUAGAAGCUGUUUUAAAAAACAAAGAGAGAAAGACUGACCAAAAAAGAAAAAGGAAGAAAAAGAGAGACCCUGAAAAUUUUAGGUAAGAGUGCACAUUUUAAGCCAAUGCCCAGAAUUUCAUGUUUAUUUUUUCCAAAAGCAAUUGUAAGACUUUAUUUUAUUUUAUUACACAAGUAUUAUGUGACUUUAUUAUGUGAUUUUAUUUUAUUUUAUUAUUAUUUUUAGAAUUUUUUUUUUUUUAGUUUUAAAUUCAUAACUGUUUUUCAUGUUUCAGUAUUUUAAGAUGGACUGCAAUCACUGCCCAACUAAUGUACCAGCAACACAUGCAAAGACAAAAUUUCAUUAUUUAAAUAUGGUGAUUGUGUAGUAAUUUUAGUAGCUAAUGCUCUACCAUUAGAAAUAUGUUAUUAACAAAGCUCUAGUCAGAUGUUUCAUCCAGCUGACUCCAAUUUUGUUCAUAAAAAGCUUUAUUGUGCUCGUGAAUAGAGUGUUUGUAAUCUUAAGAUAUUCGAAAAUGGGAUCUUUUUUUUUUCUGGAACAACAAACAAAUGCAAAAAACGUUUAGAAAAGGAAGAACAUUUUACCAGGACAGGGACAUUUGGAGAGUGAUUGUAACCCUCUGGUACUGCUUUUACAUUAUACACAGUUGGUUUUGUUCAUACAUAUUUAUUACAUAGAUGCUAUUACACUGUGUUUGCAUGGCACUAAACAAAUUGCUAUUGCCUAGCUUUACCAGUGAUCUGACCGGAUGUUGGUUAACCACCUUGGACACUCCCGAUCUGCUUAUUACCUAAGACUACCGGUAUUGGGAAUGUUUGUAGGUCUACCGUAAGGCUUGGGAUGGACUUCUGCAUUGAUGUUUAAGGGUAUGCGCGGUACAGACUCUUUGAUACUCUGGAGUUCUGCAGAUAACUACACUGUGAGUAUCUGUGGUGCUGUGGAUCAAGCAAACUACUGUACAUGUAAAUGCUGAUUGAUUGGUGGGCAAUUGCACAAAGAGCGUUAAAAUUUUGGAUAGUCUGUUAAUCAUCUUAGAAUAAAAAUAUCUUACAGGUUACAUGAUAGCUAAGUGAUUUCCACUUUCACCUCGUAUUUCCAGAGUUCUUUGGUACUCUGGUUCCCAUUUAGCCCAAAGUUAUGCAGUGUAGGUAUUUCCAGAUUGCCCAUAGUGUAUGAUCAGAUGUGUGAGUAUGUGUGCCUGUGGCCUACGAUCAGUUGGCACCCCAUCCAUGGUGUAUCCCACCUUGGUUACUAAGUUCCCUGGGACAAGCUCCAUGCCCCCAUGACCCUAUACAUAUUUGUCAAACUGACACAAAUGAUAGAUAUAAUCAAACUAAUUUUGAUAUUACACAAAGAUAACCAGAGUAAAUAUAAAAUUCAGUUUUUAAAAGGUUAUUUCAUUUAAGGGGAAAAAAGUUGACCAAACCUGUAUGGUACUAUGUGAAAAAGUAAAUACCCCUAAACCUAAUAACUGGUUGUGCAAUCCUUGGUGGCAACAACUGCAAUUAAGCAUGUGUAAAAACUGGCAAUGAGUGUUUCACAUCGCUAUGAAAGGAUUUUGGCCUUCUCUUCUUUUCAGAAUUGUUUUAAUUCAGCAACAUUGGAGGGUUUUCAAGCAUGAACUUCCUGUUUAAGGUCGUUCAAAGUCCAGAAUUUGUCCAGGCCAUUUCAAAACUUUUAUUUAUUUAUUUUUUUAUCUAUUCAGAAGUGGACUUGCUACUAUGUUUCGUAUUAUUGUCACUUGCAUUACCCAAGUGCAAGCAAACUCAUGGCUGGACAUUGUGCUUUAGGAUUUUCUAGUAGUUGUCCAGGUCCUGAAGCUGGAAAGCAGCUCCAGACCAUCACUUUGUCAGACAGGUUCUGUUUAAAUGAUUUCUUGAUUCAGCAGGUCAGCCAAUAAUCAGGCCCAGGUGUGGGAAGUAAAAUUUAACUCUGCUUUCCAAAAGAUGUGGUUAAUCGCAGUUCAUUCCAGAUUUAGCAAUGGGACAUUACUUUUUCAGGUUUGGACAGCUUUUUUUCCUUAAGAAAUGAAAUCAUUUAAAAACUGCAUUUUGUAUUACUUUGGAUUUGAACUUAAUCCAUGAUUUAAGUGUGACAAAUAUGCAAAAAAAGCAAAAGUAAGCAGCAAGGGUGAAAAUACAGUGGAACCUUGGAUUGCAAGUAACUCGGUCUGCGAGCGUUUUGCAAGAUUUUUACUUAAACGAGCGAGAUCUUGAAAUAUUAAGAGUACGCAUCCGCUCUGUCUGCUGAGCCAAUGGUAUUUCUCUCUCUCAUGCUGUGGGAUUGUGGGUAAACGUCUCCCAUGCUCAGUCUUGACAGUGCGCGUGCGUAACUUGUAUAGUCAACAUCUGUGCAACAUCUGUGCCCACGUAAAGCAUUUUGUUUUGUGUGUGUCUAAGUGUAGUGACUGUUUUAUAGUAACUGUACUGCAACAACAGCCUUAAUGAAGAAAAAAAGUUGUAGCAAAAAGGCUGUAGCAGUGCAGCGGAUGAAUCUGUUUAACGACAACUUCCUUAAAAUCCUCAAAAGGACCCAAAAGCCAGUAUCAUUAGAGAGGUUGCUUGUUAAAGACGUUUACAGACAGAGCAGUGAUUCUGUUAGUGUGUUUUUGUAAAAGUCGUCCUACAUAGUAGUCCUUCUUCUCUCUCAUCUAACACUAGUCAUGAUUCUUUUCAAAGGUAAAACAUAAGUUAAUUUGUAUUAUUUUUACAAAUAUAUUUACAAAAUAUAUUUUGUAUUAAUUAUUUUCAUAUGAAUAUUUUUGGGUUGUGGAAUGAAUCAUCAGUAUUUCCCUUAAUUAUUUUGGGGAAAUUCGCUUUGAUACACGAGUGCUCUAACAUAAAAGCAAACGUCCGGAACGAAUUAUGCUCACAAUCCAAGGUUUAACUGUACGUUUUCCACAGCAUUAUACAUCUAUAUGAGAAACACUUGACACUGCUGAAUACAGGAGAAUAAACACGUGAAAAAAUGCUUUUAAUUAAAGGGGACUUUAUAAUUUAUUGCGCAAGGUUUCUUUUUCCCCUCUAACAUUUUUCCAAAGUAAUGCCUAUGUUCUCUUGUAUUUAUUUCUGCCAAAACAGACACCAACCAAUCCUUAUCAAAUCCUUGAACAUGUGCAGGCAUUGUGUGCAGAUGGUCUCAUAAGUGUCUGCCAACAUAAAUGGCAUGUGGAACAUGAAUUAAGUCAUACGAAUCUAUCCCAAAUGUACUGAAAUAAAGUAAAGAAGAACGUCUUGCACUGCAGACACAAAUUACAAAUGAUGCCAUAAAGAUGAACAUGUUACAUGGUACGUGCAGAUCCAGUUUUAUUUAUUCCACCAGUCUUUCCCUUUUCAACCAGUCAGAGUUUGCUUGAUGCACAGCAACUCAAAUUUGCACUAUAACUAUAGCUGAAGUUCUGGAUAUUUGCGCACAGACUCCUCCAUGAGUCUCUAUUUUAUUCCAUAUACACAACUCUUCUGAGUAUUUGGUAAUUGAACAUAGACCGCGGAUAGAUUACGUGGAGAUAUGUUGGAGUAGCCCUUUAAAUCCACCACUCGAGUGCCAUAACAUUUAACAAAUUACCGCUCUCUCUACUCUUUCCCGCUGUGAUUUUUAAAGGGGGUACGAACAAGACAAUACCUGGCCAUAUGCACGGCAUGUGAGUAGGGCUUGGAAAACAGCAAUGACAUGAAGAAUGUAAAACGAUCCUUGCUUGACACUGAUUUUUUAUUUUUUUUGGUGUCUUCACCAAAUUGUGUUCUUGUGUUUUAAUGAAUGUUCUGUACUUUACAAGGUUUAAAGCCCUAUAUAAACUGUGAAUAUAUAUAUAUAUA